UAUUUUUUUUGUCAAAUGCAGUAUUAUUAUCAGAUUGACGACAAUGCAACAUUAAUAGCAUUAGCUGAGAUGGCCGAAAAAUACAAGACGAGAAAGAAUAUUAGGCUGGCACAUUUCAAGGAAUAUUACACAAAACCAGAAGACUUCGAAAACGCUGUCAAAAACCCCCCCAAUGAACUCAAUGAAGAACAAUGGCGACUAAUAUGUCAGUUGUUCACAUCUCCUCAGUUUAUUGCUCGUUCUAAGCAAAAUUCUCUCAAUCGGCAGAAGAUGAAAUACUCUUCAACACAAGGGUCGAUAACAAUGGCCGAAACCCUUCAUGAAAAUCAAAGCAAGGGUUACAUUGAGAAUUGGAAGGAUUGUCAUACAAAGAAAUGCACAAACACCUUUGUCAACGACUAUGCCAAAAAUGAAUGGGAACGGAUGAAGAAUACUUAUGACAGCCGAUCUAGUACUUCUGACUCUACAGAAGUUUCUGAGAUUGAGAUACUCCAUGAGACUCUUGGAGAGAGGCGUGGCCAUAACCGAGGAGUGGGUCGCAAAUUGAAAGGACAAUCAUCAAAACGGCGUACACAACCAACAACUAUUAACCAGCCCGACUUACAGCAGACAGUAGCUCAAUUGCAAAGACAAGUUCAGAUAUUGUCUCAAAAACUGUCUCCUGAGGAACGUGCUGAAAUGGAUCUUGAGAUGAAUAAUGCAGCUCCAACGCAACCAACGCAUCCACGACCAUCUCAUUCUCAUAUGCCUAGAGAUGGAUCUGGUCCAUCUUUUCAGCCAAUGGGUUUUCAGCAUCAGCAAUCGCAACAGACUCCUCUUUCCUUUCAGCAACUACUACAACAACCUCCUAUUCAUUCGUCUGCAUCUUUAACCCCUGAACACAUGAUUCAAUUUCAACAAUAUCAGAUGUUCCAGUCAUUUUUCCAGAUGAUGUCACAGUCGCCAAACAGUUCACAAGUAAUGAUGCAGAUGAUGACACAAUCGCCUCAGACGUCUCAAGUUUCUCAGUCACGGACGCCACAAAUGAUGCCGACACAACAAAUGUCUCAGAUGCCGCAUACUUUUCAGAUGAUGCCGAUACCACAAAGGCAGCAAUAUGGGCAGCAAACAUCAUCGAUGAUGCCUACAUCACAUGGCCAGUAAACAUCGCCAAUGAUGCCUACACCACAUGGGCAGCAAACAUCGCCGAUGAUGCCAAGUUCGCAGGUGCUGCCCUACUACCCACAGAUGCCAAAUGUUCCUCAACAACAAAUUCCGAGAAAUGCUAGUGAUGAUGACGAUGACGAUGCUACUACAAAUUUCUUUUAGUAUUUUUAUAUACGUUUUAUGGACUAUUGAUUAUGUAUUUAUUUAUGUUUUAUGAACACUUUAGUAUUUUAUAUUUCCAUGUAUGACUUUUUAAAAUUUAAUAUGAACAUUUUUAGUUUGUUA